CCCACCCCCGCUCCCACCAAGACACGAUGUCCGCGUUUGUUAUCGACGAGUUCGUCCUCGCCGCCCGCCAUGGCGAGCUUGAUGAAGUCAAGGCCAUGCUCGAGCUGGACGGCGCCGACAUCAACGCCGUCAAUGACUAUGGCAACGCCGCCCUGCACAUGGCCUGCGCCAAUUCCGAGCUCGAGGUCGUGGCCUUCCUCCUGGAGAAGGGCGCCAACGUCAACCUGCCCAACAGCUCCGGCAACACCCCCCUGCACUGGGCCUCGCUGGUCGGCUCGGUGGAGGCGGUCAAGCUCCUGCUGGCUGCCGGCGCCAGCGCCUCCCCGCGCAACUUCGCCGAGCGCACCCCCCUGAAGGAGGCCCUGGACCACCAGCACUUCGGCGUGUGCGACCUCAUUGUCGAGGCGCCGCAGUUCUCCAAGGCCGAGGAGAACUACCAGGAGUCCGGCGACGAGGGCGACGAUGCCGACAUGGGCGCCGACGAUGACGACGAGGAUGACGACGCCGAGUACAUCCCGGCCAACCAGUAAAUGCCCGGCCCGCUCCGGUGCUCCGCAUGCCCCUCUCCGCCCCUGUGCACAGUUCCCUGCCCUUGUAAGAAAAAUGAAACUCCACCUCGCCC